UUGAACGGAUUUACUUCGCUAUGAACUCGGAAGAAAUCGAACGGUUUCGUCCCGGCCAAACUUUUACAAACCUCACAAAGCGCGAGAUCCAGCCGCCAUGCCAUCUGCCGCAGCCGAGUUCAUCGACGCCGCCCUGCGGGCCACCGGCGACGAACCCCUCUCCUACACCCACACUCAUACCGACCUCAAGUGGCUCAUCCGCGACCACCUCCUCUCCCUCCUCGGUGCGUUCCCCUCCCUUUCCCCCCACUCCGCCACCUUCACCGAUGGCGACGGCGACGCCGCCCGACUCCUCCACGCCCACGGUCUCCUCCCCGUCUCACCCGACGCGCCCCACGUCCUCCUCACCAUCUGGCUCCAGCGUGACUACCCCUUGACGCCGCCCCUCGUCUUCGUCUUCCCUGCCGGCGCCGACCAACCGCUCCUCCACGACCACCCCUUCGUCGACGCCGCGUCCGGCGCCGUCGCCUCUCCCUACCUUGAAGAGUGGGCCUUCCCCGAGUCCAACCUAGCCGGCCUCGCCCGCGACCUCGUUAGGGUCUUUGGGCUCUGCCACCCCUACGCGGCAGUAAAAAGGGGACCCGUAAUGCCGACGAUGAAGGAGACAAUCGACUGUCUUCUGGCCCGUCUCCUUGAUGACGCGUGGGCGUUCCGGUCGCAAAUCGAGGCCGACGUCGAGCGGCUCGCGAAGAUGCAAGCGUUGCUGCUCGACAGAGCUCGAGCGAUUCAAUCGGGGCUGUGGGAGCUCGAAACAGAGAAGCAAAGAUUGGAGGAGGCCGUGAAGCGAAAAGCAGAGGACGCGCAUGCGCUCUGCGAUUGGUUAGAACUGGUUCGUGGCGUGGAGGCUACGUCAUUAGAAGGGCUGGAGGCGGUGGAAGAGGCCGGGAGGCGGAUGUUGGAGGAGGAAGCGGCGGCCGCCGCUGUGGAUGACGUGGUGUACGCGCUUGAUCAAGCGCUGGAGGCGGAGGUGUUGGAUUUCGCUAGCUACAUGAAGCAAAUGAAAGCCUUGGCGAGGCAGCAGUUCUUCCACAGGGCCUGGGUCAGCAAAAUCCAACGCUCUAGUAGACUCUUAUUGCUUCUGGACAAAGAUUUGGCAGGCUAUUGAAUUAGAUUUGGUGGUUAUGUUUCUACCAGUCUUGCUUAGUUGUUAUGAUAUAGAAAUUUCUCAAGGUUAAAACGACUUCAUAUACA